CAUGCCCUAUAACUUACCAUCUCUCUUCUUUUGUGUCUUACUGCUUCUUCUAUACACCCGCUCUCUUCUCUAGCCAGCACUAGGCAAGCACUCUUUUGAUGUACUUCCACUUGAGUACAAUGUUCACCCUUACAACCCUCGCACUCCUCAUAGCGAUUUUUACUCCUUCUUUGGCGAUUAGAGAUGUCGGCUUCCAUCAAGCAUGUUAUACCAGCAAUCCAAGAUUGGGCCAAGAUUUCAGGGAGGCUGUAACAAUGGCUCGGCAGGCCUUUGAGAGCAUGGAGAAAUGGAACCAUGGCGAACAGAACACCGCAUCCCUAUUCGCCAGGUAUGCCUAUGAGAUAAUCUUCCGCCGUCACACCCAACAAGGCGCUUGGCAAGACAAUAUGAAUUUGCAAGGCGAGAAUCAAGAGAAUGACCCGAUUCGGCAAGUGGUGACUCGGAAGCUGGACGAGCUUGGGAAGCUCAAACAGGUGCCCCGAUGGGAGCGCGCCGAUAUGCUCAUCUUCUGCGAUGACAGCCGCUGGAAGCAGGGGCAGUCUCGUGAUGGGGAACCAGCACCCUGGAAGGAUGAGUUGCUAGGUACGAUCCUAUAUGAGCCGCCGCGCUGUCGUGGUAUGGAUCAGGAAUAUGUGACAUAUCCACCCAGUCAGUCCCAUUCUCACGUUGUUGAAUUCUGCCAAGGUGCGCGGAGGAGGUACACAGGCAGUGAGAUGCUCCAGGGUCAGACGAUAAGCACUAUCCGCGAGGAGCUUCUAUUUCCUUUGCUCUUGGAAAUGACGCUGAAAGCACCGGAUUUCCAGCCUAUGACGGAGCGUUCUAUUUCCUGGCAAGGCGUUCUUAGCCUAGAUGGGACCCUGGCAGUCUCUAAUGCAGAAAGUUAUGUAUAUCUUAUCCUCAUGCACCGUUUGUAUAGCCUGGGCCUCAUCGUACUAGAGAUGGGACGUGGAACUAUUGGACCAAUCCCAGGUGAUGGAUUGGCCUGGCAUCUCAAUAUUACCGAGCCGCUUACAUGAAUGGGCUUGCCUAUAUCAAAACUAAUCACCAAUCACCGGGCCAUCUCACUUUCCCUACUGCCCAUCAGUGUGUAUCUGGGGACCUCAAGAUCUAUUCCGUAUACAGCGAAGCAGAGCAUAAUCCAUGUCAACACAACUAAACCGUGCAGGUACAGGACCGUACUGGAUGUACAGCUACUUCAAAACUACUUCAGACUGUUCCCGUCCAGUUCAAAUUACGCCCUGCAAUGGAGCGAUAUGUUGGAAAGGAGAAAAAGAUACAGAAACGGGACUCGUUCUCUGGAUGACAUCACGGACGCUCCCGCUAUACAAACACCAGCUCCUACAGGAGAAAUUC